ACUGCAGGAGAGGAGGCUGGAGGUCCAGGACUGAACUUGUAGGACCUUGGGUAGUCAGAACAGCGUCACCUGCCAAACUGGAUGAAUAUUACAGUGCAGGACUUGAAGAUUUAGAAAUUAAUUCUACCCAAAAUACUACUUUCUAACAAAUUAGUUAUAUUAGAGAAGAUUUAUUCAACCCAAAAUGCUACUUCCUGUACAAGUACUUUAUAGUUUCAAAGGUUUAUUCCAGUCAAAAUCGUACUAACAAAUUAGUUUUUUUAAGGUUCAUUCUACCCAAAAUACGACUUAUAGUCUUGUUUUAUUCAAGCAAAAUGUUACUUUCUACCAAGUUACAGUUUUGAAGGUUUAUUUCACCUGAAUUGUACUUUUUUCCCCUUUAAACAAGCUGUAGCGACUUAAACCAACAAGAGUCGCUGAGAGACUGAUACUGGGCCUGUUUGUCUGACGCGCUAAACAAAAGAAUCCACUGAGAUCUCUAAAUAAUAAAUUUGACCUUUUAUUCAAGAAAAAAGAUAACCAGCUCAUGAUAACGUGCACAAAGUUAUAAAGAAAAAUACCGAAAAUAGCGGUCAACAAAAAAUACGGCGACCCAGCCCACCCCCUCUCAAACAAAGAAAAAAGUCAAGACAGGUGAACAGGUGAAUAUAGUUGCUUGAUUAUCCCUGCCCAUAUGCGGGUACUGUUAUCAGGCUAGUGCAAGAAGAAGCCUUUGCUGAAGACAUCAGAAAACUCAAGCUUCACAAUGGAAACACCUUAAAAAGACAAAAUAAACUGAGACAGUUGAACGCUUUCCUGGACAACAACAAUGUCCUGAGGGUGGGAUGACGACUGUCUCAGUCAGCUUUACACUACAAUAUAAAGCACCCAGCAAUACUUCCAAAGAAGUCUCAUGUGUCAGCCCUGCUAGUUAAACAUCAUCAUGAGCGAGUAUAUCACCAAGGAAGAGGCAUGACCAUGAACGAGUUACGAGCAAAUGGAAUAUGGAUCAUUGGAUGUGGAAGCGUUGUGUCCUCACACAUCUACAAGUGCCUAAAAUGUAGGAGAUACAGAAGAACCACUGAGGUUCAACGAAUGGCAGAUUUGCCAGAAGUAAGGACUGAAACAUCACCUCCCUUUUCCUAUUGUGGAAUCGACUGCUUCGGCCCCUUCAUCGUAGAGGAAGGGAGAAAGGAUGUGAAAAGAUAUGGACUUUUGUUCACAUGCUUAUGCUCAAGAGCAGUGCACAUAGAAACACUGGACGAUCUCACAACCGAUGCCUUCAUGAACGCUCUUUGCAAAUUCGUCGCCAUCAGAGGACCUGUGCGCCAACUGAGGUGCGAUCAGGGGGCAAAUUUCAUGGGCGCGAGGAAAGUGUUUUCUGAACUGCUUAAAGGAUUGGACCAAGAACGUCAAAGUGCAAUCGGAUGUGAAUUCAUUAUGAAUGUACCAACAGCGAGCCAUAUGGGUGGAGUUUGGGAGCGCCAAAUCUGAACAAUAAGAAGUAUUUUAACAGUUAUGCUUGAUAAGUCAGCGAAUAGGCUUGAUAGCACACCUUUGAGAACGUUUCUUUACGAGACAAUGGCAAUCAUCAACAGUCGGCCUCUAAGUGUUGAACAUCUCCAAGACCCAACUGGCCCAGUACCCCUUACACCCAACCACAUUGUAACCAUGAAAUCAUCGAUUCUUCUUCCACCUCCAGGAAAGUUCUGCAAGGAAGACUUGUACCUCUGCAAGAGAUGGAAAAGAGUGCAGUUUCUAGCAGAUGAAUUUUGGCAAAGAUGGAAAUGAAAAUACUUGCUUAAUCUUCAACAAAGACAGAAAUGGCAAGGAACAUCAAGAAACUCGCAAGUAGGAGACAUUGACAGCUCACCAAGAAAUGAAUGGAAACUCGCCAAGGUCGUGGAAGCUUACUCAAGUUCAGAUGGCAUGGUGAGAAAGGUGAAGCUGCUCAUCGCUGAAAACAUACAUGACAAAGGAAAAACACACACAAGAUCAACCUUCUUAGAAAGACCCAUUCACAAGAUAGUCACCUUACUAGAGGCAGACUAAACCACAGAACACAGUCUCACAUUCCCAGUUUUUAUUUUUCUUUAUUCUGUAAGAAAAUCACAUUUCUGUUAAAUGAGUGAUUUUGGUGGAAGUGUAAAUGUUGUAAUUUAAGGUUUGAGUUUACAUAAUAAAUAAGUUCAUGUGGUAUUAAAUUUGAUGUUAUAAAUAAUAUUUCAUAGCUUGUAAUUUGAUUAAUUAUAUUAGUUAAAACAGUAAAGGGGUUCAACGUUCCACGUAGGAACUAAAGUUGCACGUUUGGUUCCGCCACGGACGGAGAAAGAGACAGCAUAAUCGGAAGACAGGUUCAUGAGCCGAUCUGGAUGCAUUUAAGUGACUUUCAUGGACUGCAAAGACUUUAAGGACACUCUCAUGACUGGCAGUGCAACGAGGUAUUGUUUGUAUUUGUUUGUGAAUGUCUGGACAGUGAUUGUUAUUGAGAAUUCUGUUUAAAGUGCUUCUAUUGUGCACAAUUGCAGUUCUCACGGCGUUAGCCUGGAGUUAGCUUGGCGUGAACCUGGCGUGUGAAGAUGAAAUCGCUCCAAAGACUGUCAUAAAUAAACAAACUACCUGCGUCUGUCAUGAAGAGAGUUACAGGGAGUGUGUAUUGUAACAGCAUGAUCAAUGUUAUUGACUUUCCCUGUUGGCGGUUUUAAUGUUGUUGGUGCUGUAUUUAUGCAUUAAUAUAAAAAUAACAAGCAGCCAUAAGUCCUUUAGCUCACUACUAUUACUACUGCAUCUGAUAACUUUUGAUAACAGCUUUUGAUGUAGUGCAUUAAUCUGCAGCAAUUUUGAUUACAUUUUUGGGUUACCUAAUAUUUUAUGACAGUGAAAUGAAUACCUUUUAGGCUUUGGACUGUUUGUGGGACAAAACAAACUGUUCCAACAUGCUAAAAUGGCUAUAGGAAAUUGCAAUGACUUUUUUCAAUUUUCUUUCCCCCGUUACUGCUUUCUGAUAUUUUAUGGAUACAAUGAGAGUAGUUGUUUGCAAUCCUAGCAGUGUUUGCUGAUUUCUACCUCAUGGAUGUUUGGACUCUAUAGGGCAGAGUGACGUAUGUGUAGAAUUUGACACUAGAAGGCAGUUUUCACAGUUGCUGAAUAGGUUCUCUGCUCACAGUAAGUCUGGUUUAAAGUGUGUAUGUACAGUUUCCAAGCCAGUUACAGUACAUUAUGCAGCUUGUAGGCUGAGAGAACCUGAUACCUGUAAUGCACAUCCGCUGAAAAUCAAGUAGGAGACAUUUUGUGUCCAACAGUUAAUACUGUAUGAUCUUCUCGUAUUAAAUAACAUUUUAUUUAUGACAGUAUUUUAUAAUGUACUACAAUGCACUAAUUUAAUACUAUUAUGUUUUAUAAGAGCUUUACUUUAAAAGACAUUUUUAAAAGCAGGGGUUUACAAAUUUCUGUAACAUACAAAUUAAAAGCAGGCUACCCAGAGAGCAACGUAACAACAACUUAAGUUAAUAAGUCAAAGCAAAAAGACUAGAGCCACAAACACUGGACAGAUUAAUGAGAUCAAUAGCUGCAGAUCAAAGCUGUGCAGCUAGAAAGUCUAGAAAAUGGACUUUAAAAAGUGAUUUAAAUGAAGUCAGGGUGUCUGGUUACCGAACAUGACUUCUCAAAUCACUGAAGUAACAGAACACGUAAGUUGCUAUAGUUUGAUAACUUAUCACACAUGGACAGAAUUUACAGUACUGAAAAAAUAAACUCUAUACUAUAGGUGAACCCUUUUCCCUUGAAUAAAUCACAGCAUCUCUUCACCUGGGUUAUGAACUGUGGUCAACAAACUAGCCAUAAUGUUAACUGUACCAGUAUCCGUCUCUAUACAAUAGAUAAUUAGUGACAAUAACUGUAAAAUAAGGAACAGCAGAUUAUCGGUAUACAAUUUCCUAAAUCUCAAACUGACAAAGUUUAUAUUUAGCCUCUAUACAACCACAGUAUAAUAGAAUUAGAUGAAUGACAUAUAGAAUAUAUCACUUGCAAUCUUACAUUUGUGAAUAGUUUGUGAAAUAUCAGUUUCAGUAUCAUGUGUAAUAAAAUUUUCAUGUGCAAUAUUUUGAUUACUUCUGCAAUAUUUAUGGAACAUUGUCAAAUUCACAUGCAAUGUUUUAUUAUCAUGUGAUAUAACUUCUUACUGCAUUACUUUCUACUUACCAAUUUUAGCUCACUUAUUUCAUUUUCAGAAAUGGACCGUGCUUAUAUCGUAUUGCUUUUUAGCCAGGCACCGCAUUAUUAUUAUUUUUUUUUUAGUUAAGUCAUUUGGUUUUUUUCUGAGUAAUAUCUGGCACAAGAAUUUUGACAUUUAUACAAUUUCAAUUAGCAGACACUUUUAUACGAAGUGACGCACAUCUGAGAGUAGAUACAACACAAGCAAGGAUCUAGUCAGGAGAAAACAACCUGGAUAAGUGCCAUAAAAGAAGUUCAAGUGUGACAAAACAAGAAUUUACUAAUAAUGAAUGAUAAUGAUAAUAAUAAACCUUUUAGUACAGUUUAUUUUAAUUACAGAAAUCUAGCUAUGUCUUUUAAUGUUUUGAUAUGCCACUCAAAAAGAUUUUUAGUGGCCUCAUUUUGCCAACACUAAUGAAUGAAUGAAUAAUUGCCACUGAUGAUGUUUUCUUAUUAAAACCUUUAAAAAGCACAUCUGCUGCAGUUUUAACAGAUCGGAGGUGACAAAUGACUUUUGGUUUGUUCCGGUAAGGAGAGAGUCCCACUAGAACAUACAUGGAAAAUUAUUUUAGGUGAUAAAUAAUAAUUCAGUAAAUACAAAUGUAAUAAAAUUUAAAAUAAAUGGUGUAUUGUAAAAAUCAACAGCAUAAAGCAGAGAGGAAUACUAUCAAAAUUUGAUUUUCUUUUCCGCGACUGAACGAGUGAUCCGCAAUGGAUUUUUUUUUGUUUAAAGCUAAAUUUAAUUUAGACUGCUCAUAUAAACAGCAUUUUAUGGUAAUCAAAGCUAUUCCAGUGGCUUUGAUAAAUUUGAUCAAAGGAAUAUCACAGUAUUCAUCUGUAACUCCUGAUUCUAAUACGCUGUUUAUUGACAGCCAUACAUUUUUAGACAUUAAAUGUAAUAACAUUUUGAGAUUAUUAGAAACAAAAGAAUGUUUUCCUCUUUCCGAUAAAAGAAAAGUUUAUCUCCAACAUUUUCAAAGACUGACACUUUGAAAGUUAGAACCAGAUAUUUGUCAUUUCCUUUAUUACCUAAAUGAAAGAAGUUCAUUUCAAAACAAUUUAUGAUGUUUAUCCAUGUAGAGAAUUUUUAAGAAUGAGAUUUUAUCUGGAUAAUAGCACAUGCACGUCAAGAAGAAACUGAAACUGAAGAACAUCUUUUCUACACCUGUACUAUUGUGAGGAGGUUUUGGUACAGAAUGCAUGAAUGGUUGCUAACAAAGAAUGUUAUACCUGUCUUUGAAUACAAUUCUAUUAAGUUUGCAAAACAAAGAUUUGGAAUUUAUGUGUAAUAAUAUAACAGUAAUUGGUAAAUUUUAUAUACACAAAUGUUGAUUUUUUUAAGGUUGCUUCUAAUUUUAUUGGUUUUAAAAAUUAUUUGAAACUUUUCUUUUACUCCUUAGGAAAAUUGGAAAAUAGAAGUGCCUUAAGACUAAGAUUCUCAAUUUAUAUAUUGAUUAGCUCAUGUGAAGUUAAUUUAUUUUAAAUUAUCUUAUUUUAUAAAUUAAUUUUAUUCCUUUCCUUUCUUGUUCUUGCUGCUUGGAUUAGUUGAAUUGUAUGACACAAUUGGUGCCUAUUUGUUGUAUAUUUGUGAUUAAGCAAUACUUUAAAAAAAAAAAAAGAUUGUUUUUGUCGUCUUCCGGCGCAGGAGUGUGACGUAUGCGGCGCAAAUAUACAAGGGAGGUGUUUAUAAUAAGUUGAGACGCUUCGGCUGCACAAUUUGUCACAAAAGAGACGAUGCACAACUGGCAGGAGAACGAAAUCAAAGAACUUCUGAUCAUCCGGGCCUCGGAGGCGGUCCGCAACCAGAUCACCGGCACCGUGAAGGACUCGGCAGUUUACAACCGGAUGACCAAACUGCUUGCGGAGAAAGGGGUGUUCAGGUCACACAUGCAGGUGAUCAGCAAGCUCAAGGCGCUCAGGAAGCAGUACAGCAAGUAUCACCAGCAGAAGACCCGCUGCGGGGGGGACCGCGUCGACUGGCCCUUCUACGAGCUGUGUCACCAGGCGUUCGCCAACGCCCCCGUGGGGAACCCGGUGAGGCGUCACCGGAGCCCCACGUCGUCUCCUCCUCCUCCUCCUCCUCCUCCGCCGCAGCCCCCAAACGCCGCCACGACGCUGCCGCUUGCAUCCUCCCCUUCACCUCCGACGCCUCUCCCCCCGCCCGCUCCGCCGCCGCCCCCCACCGCCAGCAGCGAGGAGCACCCAGAGGUGGUGGUGAGUCUCUGGGACGAGGUGGACGUCCGGGACAUCAACAAGCACCUGGGUCCGGUGGAGGCGGAGGACGAGGAGGAGCCGUACAGCCCGGCGGAGCAGCUCCACACCAUGAACACUAAUAACGUGGCUUUCAAACCUGAAAGUGGGCUGUGGAGUUCAGAGGUUACAGUGUGUCGAAGCACAAUAAAGACCUAUGUCUGUGUCCUGUUGGUGAUGGAGUCUGUCUGGGUUUCCAGCGUACACGGUUCCAACAAAGAAAAAGAAAACCACCGUGAUGGAGCAAGUUUCUACUCUGGUGUCGGCGACCAUCGCCCAGCUCAGAGAAAUGGACGCCGCCAUGCAGGUGCAGGAGGAUGCCCGGCUGCAGAGGUUAAUGGACCACGAGAGGGAAAUGCAGAACAAUCUAAUGAGUCAGCUCAUCGCUAUGCACGAACGGAUCAGUCGAGAAAACCACGAGAGACACCUGGAACUGGUGGACAGACUAUUGUCCAGGUUCCCUUCACAGUCGGGACCUUCAGACCACUGAUGGACUCUUCCUGAGUGGGUGAUGAAGUUUGGAGUGCUUUAGACUCUCCUCCACCAGCUGACUAGUGCCUAAGCCCCUUUUGUUUUUACUGUGUUUCUCAACGUGAGGAAAAUAACUGACUCUUGCCUUUUAACCUCAACUCUGCUCAACUGUAGCUGCGACCGAUUCAGGAUGGAAACCAGCUCACGGUCACACUGCAGCUGUUCUGCUCGGGUUUUCUGCUUGUUUCAUUUUAUUUUCACCUGUUUAGCGAUUAAACCCCUAAAACUUCAUCUCUGCUGAUGAAAAUAACAUGUUAAGAUCUUCUCUUUUUUUCCCACUGAAAACACUGUAAAACUAUUCUAAACUACCUAUGAUGGAGUAAUUUAGCCACAAAUCAGAAAUGGAUUUUGAAGAUUAAUAAUUACGCAGAAAGCACCACUUUGGAAAUUGCCAGAAUUUGUGUAUUAGGUUUGUUAUGUAUGAAGCUCUGGAAGUCUGUUUUUUUUUUUUUUUUUUUUUUUAAAGCAUGCCA